GCAGCCGCUUCAAAAACCGAGGGAAGAGCCACUCGGAGCGGUCCAGGACUCCGGGCCGACAGACGCCGAGGAGGGGGAGCCCCGUGGAGGCCGCGGGCUCCCGCGGAGGGAGCCGCGAGCGCAGCCGCAGCGCAGCCGCGAGCGCAGCCCCGCCGAGGACUCGCGCUCCUCGCACCGCAGCCCCUCGGAGGACCGGGGCGACCGCAACAGCUCCCACGAGGACACGGUCGUCAACACGGUGGCGUCCGAAGUCACGGCCAAGAGCGAGCAUAAGUCUAAGUCGGACAGCAGCAAACGCAGUAGAUCCAGAGCCAGGAGUCAAGCUGAAGAAGUGCCAGACGAGGUCCAGGUUCAGGUGGAGCCCGCCCCUGUGGAGCAGGAACCAUUAGAAGCGAAGUCCAGAACGCCGAGCCCGAGGCUGCAGGCGCGGAACAGCAAAUCUCCCGCUCCGUCUCAGCGGGACGGCGACGAGCACAGCUUCGCCAACACGCUCGACGAGAUCACAACGAUGGGGACGAACGAGGUAGCCGACCAGGACCUAAGCAGCCACUACAUCGAUGAACGCAUAAACAUGCAACCGGUUGAGGCGCACGACGAAAUCCCUGAGGUCAUUUUCGUUCGUCCGAAAACACCAGAGGAGGAGGCAGUAGUGGACAGAGCGACAGCCGCUGCAGAUCAGCUGAUGGCCGUAAAUGGAGAAGCCAACGUUGCCGAAGUUCAGCCUGCUGCUCCUGAGCCUGUGGAAAAGCCGGUGAGCCGAAUCCUUCCCUCGGAGCCGGUAUACGAACCGCGCUAUGAGCCGAUCGAGGAGCCCCCGGUGAACGAGCCCCCUGUCGCCGCUGCAGAGCCGGACAGCGAGCAGCCCGACUACCAGACCGCCACGAUGGGCAUGUCGGCGGGAGACAAGGAGGCGCUGGGCGACAGGGACGACGAGCAGGGCGGCGACGACACCCUAGUCGAGGCGACGAGGCCGAUGGCCGUGGCCGACAUCCGAGGCGGGGAAGGGCUGCGCUCGGGGUCCUCGGGCUCCUCCCUGGGGAUCAACAACACGCCCCCGGACAGGCAGUACACGCCCCUCAGUUUCUCGUCCUCGGAUGCUCAGUUCUAUUCCCCGCCGGACUCGCCUGACAUUUCGCUCAGCGAGCAGCUCCAGGACAAGCCCCUCCCCAGCAACACACAG